AUGAAGUAUCCAUUUAUUCUCUAUUCUUAAAUUAUUUUCAAAGAUUGGCAAUCCAUAAUAUACUUGGUUUAUUAAAAAUAAUAAUCAUUUAUGAAUAAUAAUCUUGGUAUUUUGAAUAACAGAUUUCACAAGAAAGCUAUAUAAAGUCGAAAGAGACAAACUUCAGCAGAUACCAAUACUAUCCAUUAAAUGUAAGGAGGAAAGAAAAAAAAUGAAUACUAUGAAAGAUGGCUAACUAAUUAAAAGAAUCCAUAAUUAAGAUCAGAUUCUGAAUCGAAUCUUGAUAAUCUAACACCCUUAACUCCAAAAGCUUAAAUUCCAAUUAAACUAGAGCCUAAAUUAAUAAGAGAUGUUAUACAGAAAUUCUAUUCAGAUGAAAAUGGUCUUUGA